AUGGCAGAACACAUCCGCAUCCUCUCCCCCCGCGCGGGCGGCGGAGGCGGUGCCGCCGACCCAGCCGCCUACGUGCCUCCGCCGUCGAUCGGGCACGAGAUCGGGGUCAUGUGUGGGGGGAUCGCGGCGAUGGUUAUCGGCGCGGCGCUGUUCUACCUUUGGUGGACCAUGAAUCUGAAGCGGGAGGCCAAGAAGGAAGAGGAGCGCGUUGAGGGGCUGAGGGCGAGGGGGCUGUUGAAGGAGGAGAAGUAUUGA